CUUCUCUCCUAUCUUUAUGUCGCGCGCAGAGGUCCAAGUCUUCACCGCGGUGAGACUGUAUUUGAUGUCAAGGCAACGGCCGACAGCGUGUCAUCUCCAGCCACGUGCCUGUGAAUUUCACGUCAUCACCAUCACCACAAGCGAGUUCUCGGCGCUGUCGCUGCUCUCACCGCAGCAUUGCUUUUUUUCUCUCCUCUCCACUCAUCGUUCACCCCAGUCUGCAGGCAGCCACGACGACCACUUGAAGCCCUCAGGAUAACGAACCACUUUUUUGCAUGGGUUGCGCUUCGGAAAACCAAGACGCUGUCGACCAGUCAUCCUUUUGGGACUCGGAUGGAGUCAAUUGGGACGCUCAUAGGAUAGGAUGGGCUAUUGCUGGGGGGUGCAGUGUUCUGACGCUGAUCAUCACGAUGGUGACAACGAGCAAGCACGCUAGGCACUAUUCCAACCCUAACGAACAACGACAAAUACUGCGAAUCAUCUACAUGCCCGCCGUCUACGCCAUAAUCUCAUUCUUCUCGUACCGCUUCUUCCGGUCCUACACGUACUACUCCCUCAUCGAAGUCGCCUACGAAGCCAUCACCCUCUCCGCCUUCCUCCUCCUCCUCAUCGAAUACGUCGCCUCCACCGGCUCCCACCACUCUGCCGAGAAUGCCCUCGUGCGCAAAGACAAGAACAAACUCCCCAUGCCUCUCUGCUACUGGCGCUACCGGCCCACGAAGGCGUACUUUAUGUACACCAUCAAGUGGUCGGUGUUGCAGUACGUCAUCAUACGGCCAAUGUGCUCCAUCGUGGGGAUUAUCUGUGAAAAGUACAACGUGCUAUGCGAGAGCGAGGGGUUUGAUUUUCAUUAUGCGAAUGCGUAUUUGGAGAUUGUGGAUUUUAUUAGUAUAACGAUCGCGUUAUACGGUCUGCUCAUAUUCUACGGCCUUACGAAGGAAGAGCUAGCGGGCCGACGACCACUCGCCAAGUUCCUGUGUAUCAAGCUCAUCGUCAUGCUCCCGUGGUACCAGGAAUUUGUCUUUAGCUGGCUCGAAGGCCGGGUUAUCAAGGCGACUAAAUACUGGACCGCGGCUAAUAUUGCUAACGGGCUUAAUGCGCUCGCUAUAUGCAUCGAGAUGGUAUUCUUCUCAGGCCUAAUGCUCUGGGCCUACACCCCCGCUGAAUACACUCAAAAGCCACCUGUGGCAGGCGCAUGGCGCGCCCUCUGGGACUCGAUAAACUACGCGGAUUUCUUCCAUGAAAUUUGGUUAUCCCUCCGGUUCUUCGUGGAUUACUUUACGGGCAAACCCUGGGCGCACGGGCCACGCCAAGACAAGGCGGACUUUGCACAGGCCUUUGGGCUGAAUGGCGCUCGACCCACUCCUAGUGCGCCGUAUAACAACCUUAGUUCCGAUGGCGGCGAGUAUCCUAUGACGACAAGGACAAGCUACGAUGAGAAUGUGAGGUUGGCUCCGUAUGCGUACAAGGAGGAGCGGUAGCCGUAGAAUCUAUUUUUAUUGUUGCUUUGCUUGUUUAUCUAAUACCCAGUUAUGUUUAUGUUUCUGUAUCCCGCGACGAAGACUUGACUGAGAGGGUUGUUGAGGGCUGUAAGCCGAGCUCGUCUGAUUAGUCGGCCUCCCAAGUCGGGGACGAAACGAUUCAUCCUUGGGAUUAGAACUUCCGUAAUCGUGGGCCCGGACUGGUUCGUUGCAGACUCCAUGGAACCCGUUA